AUGAGCCAUUUUGAAGAGACGAUCAACGAGUACAAUAACAUAAUCGUAGCUGUGGGCAUCCUUGCGAAAAUUGUGUGUUAUCGACGGAAACUGAGCAAGAAGCAAAUCUUUUCUACUGGAGUGGUGAAUAAUCUCGAGGGUGAUAAGCGAACGCUCAUCGCAAUUGCAUAG